UGAACUGUACGAUCCAUUAACAGGCACUUGGACAACUACUAGUAACUUGAUUAAUGCACGAAAUGGUCAUACAGCAUCUGUGUUAUCAAAUGGAAAAGUAUUAGUUACUGGUGGAGCUAAUUAUGAAAGUUUUUUAAGUAGUGCUGAACUGUACGAUCCAUUAACAGACACUUGGGUAACUAUUAGUAACAUGAAUAAUCAACGAUGGAGUCACACAGCAUCGGUAUUAUCAAAUGGAAAAGUAUUAGUUACUGGUGGAUAUAAUCAUGAUAGUUAUUUAAAUACUGCAGAAUUAUAUUAA